AUGGAUUCGAAUGAUUUGUUGCCAUCACACAGUCAUUCUUAUAAAAGCCAACUGAAACAACUCUCUGAGUUAAGGAUUGAUUCAAUGUCGACUUCCAAUACGAAUAUGAAUGAAAAUUAUGAUGCUACAUCAUACCGAUUCAACUUUAUAUCAAACCUUCACCAAUCAUCUACUACAAAUGCUACUACGAGAGCCAUUGGGAGACCAUGUCUGGCUGGCACACAGACACAACAGCAAGACCAUACACUGCCAACUGCAGGUUCAUCAUCAUCAAGUGCUGUUCACAGUGAAAGAAAUUCUCAGCUGGCUAGGUUACGUCAACUGCAACAGCUAUAUCAGAGACUGGCUGUUUUAUCCGCAAUAAAGAGUGAGAAGGUAGAGGGAAAAAGUGACAAAAAUGAUGCCACAUCAUAUCGAUUCAAUUUCACAUCAAACUAUUUACCGACAUUCCAUGGAGAGAAAGUUCUUCAAUUGGGAAGGGCAUUCCCUGCAAGUACUUCAAAUGCAUCAUUCCUGGCUGAUAUAGAAAAAGCUGCAAUGAUGUAUAGAAAUGCAGCAGGUAAGGCCUCAGAGACGAGUGAUGCAGUCUACCAUUGGUCAGGAAAACUGCCAGUUCGAGCCCGUAGAACUAUGACAUUUUCACGGAAAGUCUUUCUUGGUGGUAUACCAUGGGAUAGUACAAGUGAAGAGCUAGUCAGAAUCUUUUCUCGAUUCGGCAGUGUGACUAUAUGCUGGCCACAGAAGGAUGCAAUGCAAUCCAGCAAUACAAACACUGAACCUUCUACAACCAAAGGUUAUUGCUACUUGAUAUUCGAUCAUGAGGUCAGUGUGUCUCAACUGCUUGCAAAAUGUGCUCACAAUUCAGCUACAGGUGGAGACUUCUUCAAAAUUUCAAGUCCGAAAUUCCCAUCUAAAGAUGUACAGGUUGGUACAUUUUUGGAGAUUUGAUAUAUCAGUUUCCAAAUUGUUUAUGAAAAUGAAUUACAGCACAAUUGUGAACAAAGAUAAGUUUAAAACUUGAUGUCUUGUUGUGUUGGAGAAUGUAGGCACAAGAUGAUAUUGUCACAGGUAGAUUGAGAUAUCCAUCUAACUAUGGUGUGGGUAGCCGAGUUCCUCAUGACUGCACUGAUGUGCAUUCCUUGUAAGUGUGUAUUUAUUUGCUGUUGAGUUGUUUUAGAAGCCUUGUUAAGCCGACGGGACUAACUAACUCUUCGAGUUGAAUGCUCAUCGAAAGUUGUUGUAUAUUGAAAAGAAGUGGUAUUUUGAGAGUAGUUAUGCAGUGAGUUGAAAUCUGUCUUGCUGCAUCUAUUGACUCGGUGCUGUGGUAACUGAGGCAUGCAUUCAAUUAAUGACCAAGUCCUAAAUUACCGCGACUAAGACGUUUACUCCACAGCUAAGAAGAAGAAAUAUUUCUCAAAGAUAUGGCAGACAACCACUACCAUAAACGUUGUAUAACCGCUACACAUCACUUGGUACUCAGGUUAAACGAGUCAUGAAAAUACAUUGACAACAUUGUCAACUGCUGCGGAAGGAUUGAGUCAUGAAUGUUGUUCUUCUGCAUUAUGUUAUACCAAGAGUUAAAAAUUUUCAAUAAUCUUAGAUUUUUUAUGUGAUGUGGUACACCGUGAGUGAUACAGUAUUAUUUACUGACGACAUUUACACCACAAUUUAUUGUUCAUAGUCAUUCAGAUCAUCAAGUAAACGAUACGGUAUCACUGUGUGCAAUAUCAUAUUGACAUUCUCAUAUAGAAUUAUGCUCUACAAUGGUGCCAAGAUGUAUACACCCACAUGACAAGAUGCUGUUGUAGAGAAAACAAUGCAACCUCUUCCAUGACAAAUUGAAAUGCAGGACGUGAGCACAUUUAAUUCUUUGUGCACUUCACAUCUGUCUAGUAUAUCAGUAAGCUUUUCUGUGAUAGUUUCUCUCACGUUCCUAGAUUAAACAUUCUUAGCUUAUUGGUUCAUAUCAUCUCAUGGUAAUACUAGCAUUUCGGUUCGUGAUAUAAUCACCUUGGUAUUACGAUGAUAUCCUUUCGAUUUAACCUACUAGUUCAGUAGCUGCGCACUUCAUCCUGUAUGACACAUUUCAGCUAUUUAUAAAUGGAUUCGAGUUUGUGUUCUCACAAAUUCCUAGGUCUAGAACUCAUUACUUUUUGACACCAGGAAAUCAUCAUGUAGAGUAGAUAAUGAGAACUAUGGGAAUACUUGUGCAUCCUUACACAGUGUCCAUGUUGGCAGCAGAAGGGAUGGUAUUCGUGAGUUUCGAGUGAUAGACACCGGUCCUGAAUAUCAGCUGAAAAGACAACACCAUUUCUUGUUCACUCCAUCGCCUGGUCGUUUGAAAGCAUGAAAUCUACUUCACGAAGUGUACUGCUGACCAUCUCCAAAGAUAUGAAACGGUUAUGGAAGAAAGAUCAUAGCAGAAAUAGUCAACCAUGCAUAUAAGCAUUGAAGAGGCAAACAAAAUAUAACCUGAGGAAGCAUAAGUCCACCUAAAUGUACUCAACCUUCUGGUUAUAUGAGCUGAAACAAUGCGGCAUACACCGAUUGCUUCACAUAUUCGAAGUCCUCACUCAUUCAGACAUUUUUCUGUUCAGUUUUCCUGUUUGAAAAUUGUAAAAUUGGUCAUUCCACUCCACAUAGAUUGAUAUACACCCAGUAAUUGGUUCAUUCACUCAAAUCAAGACGUCUGAAUUCACUGUUGAAAAGUAUUAGUGCUACAUUGGCAUCUCAUGAUUCUCUCCACAGAAUUUAACAGAACGCUUCAUACAAGUCAAAGCCAAGGUCUGUCUCAUCAGUUACUCACUCCAAUGUUUCAGGUAAUCUGUUCAGAUAAAAGUUUAAUCCGCUUACUUGGGUCACGGUAACCAGAUGAUAUCAUUAGUGCUCAUACAUUAAGGAGGGGUGAGUGACUCAUAGGUGAGAUCACAAGGUUGUACUGGUGAGCUGACUAGCAAAUGAGGGAAGAGACAGCACUGUGAACAAUAAUUAUUGAACAAGUGAGAAGGGAUCGAAAUUCCAUAUGUAAGAGGAGGACAUAUUAAAUUUUCGAUAAAAAUUAGCUCUGUGUGAUGUUUGAAAAUGCAACCUCAACCAGAAGAUAACUGACAUCAAUUUAGCCGGUCCUGGUUGGUCACGUUAUUGGGACAGAGAAGGUAAAAGCCGAAUGAGACACACAUGCCAAUUAGUGGGGAAAACGUUAGUGUUAGGGACGUGUUAGUGCAUAAUGGUCCUAAAAACAAACAUUAAUAGGAUGAGAUGUUACAUUACUGAAUCCGAUAAUUUGAAUAUCACUGAUAUCGAAGAAUGAGUAACUGUAGAAACAUGAAAAUCGUUAUAAGGUUAUUUCACUACUUUGACAGACCUAUAAGCAAGAAAUUGUGCUCAAAACGUUAUCCAGUAAAUGACAAAGGUAUGGUUGGCAAAUAAAUAAAAGAACGUGGGAAGUGUGAUCUACAACAGAACACAAAAUCUACUCUUAUAUGACUGGUUUCUACUUGGAACUGGAUCUGAGACCGGAAAACUGUACAGGGUGGUUUGUCAUGAAUAUGGCCAGUAAUUAUGAUUAUUAUUAUUACUAUCCUAUGUGGCCAGUGCAACGAACCAAACAUGAACCUAUCACCCAACAAAUAUGC